AUGAAUCCCCUCAAAAUCAAGCUUCACCACCACCGUUGCCACCACCAUCAGCUUUGUCUAAAUUCCAAAAUUACCCCUACUCUCCCACCUCUCCUCUUGUUUCACCCAUCUCAAAAACAAAAAUCCAAUUUUUCAGUAUCCUAUACUCCAUUACUUUUUUCUUUUACUAAAUAUGCAAAAGCAUCGGCUAUUCAUUCUGAAACCCCAUUUUUUGCUAACAAGAAAAUUGAAGAAGAAGAAGAGGAAUCUAGAGACUUUGAAGAAUACUUAGCCGAAGAUGGAGAGGUUUACCAGAAGACGUUAAGGCUGGUGGAGUGUGCUAUGUUCUCUGCUGUUUCUGGGCUGGCAUUUCUUUUGAGUAACUCUCUUGCCAUUGAGAAAUAUUUCGCUUGCUUCUUUGCAUUGCCUAUAGUAUUAUCCAGUAUGAGAUGGGGCAUUGCGGCUGGCAGGAAAACUAUGGUGGCAACUGCUGUAUUACUUUUUGUCUUAUCUGGUCCAGUGAAAGCGAUAACCUAUCUGUUAUUGCAUGGGCUGCUUGGUUUUGCUAUGGGUACUUCUUGGAGGUCUCAAACAAGUUGGAGUACCUCAGUUUUCUUAUGCUCAUUUGUUCGAGCCGUGGGAGCUGUGGGGUAUGUUCUAAUCUCCUCAUUUUUAAUAGGAGAAAACAUCCUUAAUUUGAUUACGAUAAACAUCCAUGCUUUACUCACCUAUAUGCUCACAUCCUUCGGCUUUAAUGCAAUUCCAUCAAUGAAUUUGAUAUAUUUCAUCUUCGGCUUCCUGCUUCUACUCAACUGUGCUUUCUUCGUGUUCUUGCUGCAUCUUUUAUAUGCCCUAUUUUUUACGAGACUCGGGAUGAAGGAUUCGCUAAGACUACCAAAAUGGCUGGCGGCUGCAAUAUAA